AAUGGACUUUGAUCUUUUGGUUCACUGCACUUGCUUUAUGCAUGAGAAAACUUGAGUCCAGAGAUGUGCGGUGGCUAGCCCUGACUCACACAGUGGAGUCAGGACCAGAGCCAGGACGAGAACUCAGCUCCCUGCCUCCUAACCCAGGGCUCUGGCAAAGAUCAACUUUCCACGAGGGAAAAGGAAUUGGUGUCAACGAGAAAGGUCUUCACUACCUCAGCUGGCCCCGCGUGUUGGUGUUGGCCUAUUCACACAGGUCCCAGCAGCUGGGGUCUCCCCUCAGCCCGUGAACCACCAUGUCCCACCCCAGUGCCCCCCCUCCGUAUGAGGACCGCAACCCCCUGUACCAUGACCCUCCGCCCCCGGGGGCCUACGGGCAGCCAUCUGUCCUGCCUGGCGGGUACCCUCCCUACCCACAGCCUGGCUACGGUCACCCUGCUGGCUACCCACAGCCUAUGCCCCCCAUCCACCCGACGCCCAUGAACUAUGGCCCAGGCCAGGGCUAUGGUGGGGAGGAGAGAGCUGUGAGUGACAACUUCGGAUCUGGAGAGUGGGGUGACAGGAAAGUCCGACACGCCUUCAUCCGAAAGGUUUACACCAUCAUCUCCAUCCAGCUGCUCAUCACGGUGGCCAUCAUCGCUAUCUUCACCUUUGUGAAGCCAGUCAGCGAGUUCGUGAGGGCAAACCUGGCCGUCUACUACGCAUCCUAUGCUGUGUUCCUGGUCACGUACCUGAUCCUUGCCUGCUGCCAGGGACCCAGACGCCGUUUCCCAUGGAACAUUAUCCUGCUGACCCUCUUUACUCUUGCCAUGGGCUACAUGACCGGCACCAUUUCCAGCGUGUAUGAAACCAAAGCCGUCAUCAUUGCAAUGAUCAUCACUGCUGUGGUGUCCAUUUCAGUCACCAUCUUCUGCUUCCAGACCAAGGUGGACUUCACCUCGUGCACAGGCCUCUUCUGUGUCCUGGGGAUUGUGAUGAUGGUGACUGGCAUUGUCACUGCCAUCGUGCUGUCCUUCAAAUAUGUUUACUGGCUGCACAUGGUCUAUGCUGCUUUGGGGGCCAUUUGCUUCACUUUGUUCCUGGCUUACGACACACAGCUGGUCCUGGGGAACCGGAGGUACACCAUCAGCCCGGAGGACUACAUCACCGGUGCCCUGCAGAUCUACACAGACAUUGUCUACAUCUUCACCUUUGUGCUGCAGCUCCUGGGGAAUCGCGAUUAAGGAGCACCUCCCGUUCCGCCCUACCUUGGACUUUCCUUUCCCUAGAGGGCUGGGCCCUGUGACCUGGGUCUGCGCCUAGACCGCUUUCCUUCCCCUCAAGUAAUAUGCCCAUUUUCCUUUCUGUCCGGGGAUGGGUAGCCUCUCUGGCUGUGGAUGUGUAGGUACUUGGUGGGGUUGGAGGAACUAGGGACUCACUCCCUCUUGCCCUUAGUGGACUUGGCAGGAACUGGGCCAAAGAUGUGCAUUCUCCCUCCGCCCACUAUGGGGCACCAAAUCCUUAACAGUUGGGGUUGCAGUGGGGAGGGAUGAAAAGAGCCUAUCUGAUAGCUAAAAUGGAAUAAGAGAGGUACGAGGGACUUUCUGGUGGUGGGGUUUCCUCUCCCACUUCUGCCACGGGCUUCUGGACUUGAUAGCUGGAGCUGUUUCCUCUCUCAGCCCCCAACAAAGCCAGAGAGCUUUGCCCCCCGCCUCCUGGACUCAUAGGCAUUAUCCUGUACUUCUUCGGCAACCCUUGGCGCCUUCCGACUCAGGAAGGUAGAGGGGGCUUGUGCCCGUGGGUCUCCCCUGCUUCAGCCUCUUCUUUCGACAGCACAUAUAUACUGAUCUUCUGGGUUUCGGGUGGGGAGGGAGAGGAGAGCGAGCAAAGCCAAGCGCAGAGGCCAAUACAGAGCAGCAUCUAUCCGGGGCUUCCUCAUGGCUUGUGGUGGUAGUGCAGGCCCCUCUGCGGCCACCUGGUCCCCAUUCUCCAAAGCUGCCUGGGGCCUCCCUGGUGCUUCUGAGAUCUCUAGUCAGAGGGACCUCUUGCUUCCUGUGCUCAGGCUGCUCAGAGCAGAAUGUGAGGGACAAAGGUCAGGAGAUGGGGUGGUGUGUAGGAUCACCACUUCCUGGCUGUGUGGCCAGGAAGUAACCAGGGUGAAGAGAGACUGGGGUGUGGGCGGGGGAAGUGCCUUGGCGUCCCCCACCCUGAGAGAUACGGAAGCUUAUUGUACCCAUGGCUCUUCCCUUCUGCUAACUCGGCGAGGGCCCCAAGAGGGAGGAGACACCCUUCUUAGUUUGUUAACUCACGCUUGGGGGAUUUAAGACUUGGGCCCCGUCUCUCCAGCCAACUACUGCUUUCUUCAUGACACCAAGUGCCUCAAGCUGGAAUGGGGAAGGAGGACAAGGGUCACUCUAUGGGCUGGGGUGGAGACCCAGUCAGCCCAAGGGUAUAAUUAGGGCUUCUCUAUUAAGUAUUUGGUCCUAAAUAUAUCCCACAAAAGGACAUAACCAGAAAUGUAAUAAAGUUUAAUGUUUAGAAGGUAAAA